AUGCAUGCUUUUUCGGUCGUCCUCGUCUAUGUACUCACCUUACUAACGUAUUCCGGUCACCACAGCGGUCAAUCACGAUCCGAGGACUGCUCCUAUCCUUGCUGGGAGUUCUUCAUCGGCUACAUUGUGGGAGCCUGUUUGAUGGUUCCCUGCUCGUGGGUUCUCGCAAUGGACAUGCGCCUGGACAUCCGCAAGAAAUAUGGCCUUCGAGGAAACCACUGCACAGACUGCCUCGCGGCGUUCUGUUGUCAGCCAUGUACCCUGGCCCAGCUGGACGAGGAGGUGCGCAAGCGCAAUGAGGCAGAGCAGCGGAAGCUCACGGCGACGAGCAAGCAACCCGCAGUGCAGCAGCAGGAGAUGUUCUCUUUGUGGAAAGCCUACUAUGACGACAACGUCGAUGCCUUUCGGCAGCUGUUGGAGACCGCGGCCAACAAUGCCCGAGGUCUUGUGUCAAGAGGUGGUCCGGUACAGCAUAUUGGACAAGUGGUAGGAAGUCCAGUGGGAUAUGGCUCUUCGCCUGCGUCAGCGGUGAGGAGCAGGAAACCGAAUACACCUGGAACGCCAGUAGGUGGAGCAGGAUACGUUCUUACGAAGGCCGAUGUGAAUUGGAGGGAUGCGGCGGGUCUCACCCUCUUGCAUCAUGCCGCUUCGUUGAACUCGGAGAAUGCUGUUGGUUUUGCGAGCGCGCUGAUUGAUCAUCCGUACAUCGACCUGUCCGUUGUGGACUCGGAGAAUGGAUGGACUGCGCUGCAUCGCGCAUUCUACUUUGGAAACGUGUCAAUCGCAAGGCUGAUCUUGGAGCGGGACGCUGUGCGAGCGACCGGCAACGUGAAUCAGCUUAUCAAAGUCAAGGAUAAGGAGGGACUGGGACCACUCGAUCUCUUUGCCGCUACUAUCAAAGAUCGGACUCUUCGACCUGAUAGCAUUGGACGUUCUCACGCAGGAUCAAUUGGGAGCGAUGACGACCAUCCUGGCGACCAUGCAGACGGUGAUGAUACACCUUCGCGCAUUCGAUUUGUGGAGCUUGGAGGCGACCAGUUGUACUCCUUUGGCAGCAAUAAUAACAAUACGCUCGGUCUUGGCGACCAGGACGAUCGGCAAUUCCCUGAGCGAGUCAAUAUUCGCCGUCCAGAACACCUGGUUCGGCGCUUCUACCAGGAACAUCUUGGUCGAGAUCACGCCAAAUGGUCCAGCUACGAUGCUGCCUAUCGACCCAAGAGCGAAGACGUCCAUGGCAUGUGGAUCGAAGACUUUCCUUGGAUGGUACGUUCGCGACCUAUCGUCAUAAGAGAUGUAUACAUGUCAAAGCUUCAUAGUGCUGUGAUCACUACAGACCCGGAGUCCAAUUUAUACACCUGCGGACAUGGCAAAGGCGGCCGACUUGGUACUGGCGAUGAGCGUACCCGGUUCAAUUAUGAAUGUAUUGAAGGAGGUUCCCUGGCGGGCAAACGUGUGGCUACUGUCGCACUCGGCCAGAAUCAUACCCUCGCUCUAACCGAACAUGGCGAGAUUCAUUCUUGGGGGAACAAUGGAUACGGCCAGCUCGGAUAUGGUCUCCCUCGAACUUCUGCCGAUGAAGAACCCAUUGGUUUGGUGCCGCGACAGAUAUUUGGACCUUUGAAACGCGAGACUGUGAUCGGAAUCGCAGCGUCGAGAGUUCACUCCGUGGCACAUACUUCCUCGAGCUUAUAUGUUAUGGGCAAGAAUGACGGUCAAUUGGGUAUCGUCGACUCGGAUGCUCGUUCGCUCGAAUUCCAGGUCACGCCACGCAAAGUCGCAGCCUCUCUGUUCACCUCUUCCAUUUCUGCUGUCACAGCCAUCGACAGGGCCACGGUAUGCUUGCUUGAGAACCACGAUGUCUGGGUCUUUGCGAACUACGGGUACGCAAAGGUGCAAUUUCCGCUGGAAGGAUUCAGCAACUACUUUCUGAAGCAAAGCUUCCUGGUCACGACCUACGACACCGCCCCCAAUAAGAUCGCGAAGAUCACUGCCGAGGGUGACAGCAUUUGCGCGCUGUCGAGUCGGGGAGAGGUGUACACUGUUUCCAUUGGACAACGUGUGGAGAAUCAGUCAAGUGCAUCGACUACGAAUCCCGCGAAAAUACGAAGUGCCAUAACACAACCGCAGCGUAUCUGGUCUCCGAAGAAGAGCAACAUGGCAGCUCGCGAUGUUGGUCUUGAUGUCGAUGGGAGCAUCAUUCUGACAACCGACGAAGGCAGUGUAUGGAAGCGCACAAAACGAUUGAAGAUCAAGGAUGCAUCUGCGAUUGGGACUUUGGAGUACAAGCCAAGUGACUACAAGUUCUCGCGUAUACCUGGCCUGACGCGUGUGCUGGCUGUGAGAGCAUCCGGUCACGGAGCAUACGCUGCAGUCCGGCAUGACUGUGAUGUCUUGAAGACGCAGGUGAUCGUGGAAGAUUCUACGUUAUGGAAGGACAUGUUCCCUUUACUGUCACUCGGCAGACUACUGGACGGCAUUGCGCAGCCAGAAGAUGAUGAAGCCAGACAUCGCUUUUGGCAAGGCUCUCAAAAGCCAAGUGAGCUUGCACGGCUGAAGAAGGCCAUCCUCGGCAAGGCGGACAUUGAUGCCGAGUUGGCAAUGCUGUUUGAUCAAAGCUAUCCUUCGACUAGCAGCACGUUUGACGCAGUCCUGGCUACAACGACUUCAGAAGUCAGAAUACCGGUUCAUCGAUUCGUGCUCGCAGGGAGAAGCCGGGUAUUACGACGUGGUCUCCGAGAUUUGUGUCAGACCAGCACAUUCACCAUCCCUGAUCUCGCUCAAUGCGAGCUGGAUGGUGACGGGCGAUUGGUCGUGACGUUCACCGGCAUGGACAUUCUAACGAUUUUGGACUUGGCUUUGUACCUGUACACUGAUGCCCUGGUCGACUUCUGGCAUUUCACAAGAACUGCACCGAAAGUUGCAUAUAGCUAUCGGCAAGUCAGGCUGGAACUCAUGAAGGUCGCCUCUAAACUGGAGCUUGCGAGACUGGAACCAGCCGUGCGCCAAAUGGUGGAGCCGCGGCCCUGCCUGAACAUGGAUUUCGAGAUUGCCUUCAACGAUCCGGCCUUCUUCUACGAUGGUGAUAUCACAGCAGAGUUGGAGGACGAUCAGGUCAAGCUUCACAGCGCGAUUGUCUGCGCACGAUGCCCUUUCUUCCAAGGCCUGUUCAUGGGCCGUGCUGGAGGACGGUGGCUCGCAGGCCGUGGCGAUGAAGAGGAGGUUGCCGUUGAUCUCAAGCAUAUCAGUGCGAAGACGUUCAACCUCGUCAUGCGUCAUAUCUACUACGAUGCCGGGUCAGAAAUCUUUGAUGAUGUCGUCAGCGUUGAUGUUGACGACUUUCUGGACACUGUCAUGGAUGUGCUCUCAGCUGCCAAUGAGCUCAUGUUGGAUCGUCUAUCUCAGAUAUGUCAAUCUGUCGCUGGGCAGUUCGUCAACGCCCGGAAUGUAUGCGGCUUGUUGAACGCCAUCUCGCCCAGCUCUGUCAACGAGUUCAAGGAUGCUGGUCUCGAAUACCUGUGUCUCAAUCUCGAAGCCAUGCUGCAAGGCCACUUCCUCAACGAGCUGGACGAAGACCUUUCUGAAGAGCUCGACGAGGUUGUUCGAGCGAAUCAGCUGGCUUGCAUGCCGUUCGCGAAGAGUGGAAGAGCCGAGAUGUUACUUCAUGAGCGUCAUCCUGAGCUCGCAUCCAUAAUAGACCGCAACAGGAAGACCAAAAUCGAUUCGGUGUCACUGCGAUCCAAGUUCAACGACAUGGCUACAUUCGUCCCAGGCUCGCUUGGCGCAGAGCUUUCCGCAUCGCCCAUGCAGCACAAGGCUCGUCGACGUUCUUCGCACAACACCAAGACGGAUCUGGAUAAGCCCUCACUGAAGGCUCGGGCCUCGACGAAGGACAUGAUGUUUGAUAUGGACGAAGAGUAUGAAUUUCAGGCGUCGCCGCGAGAAUCACCAGCCAUCAGGCCUAUGUCCAGUCCUAGAGGACUCGAUCCGAUGCAACAGAGUACGCCGCCUGUGGAAGACACUUGGUAUAGCUCACGCGGAAAGGUGCUCCCUUCGCCGAGGUUAGGUCCGCAGGCUUCGACGCCCAGCGGUGUCACUCCACGGACGCCGCGUUCACCGGACAUGGCCGGCAUGACCUCGCCAAAUACUGGAAAGCCAUGGACACUUACACCCUUAGCUUCAAGGUCGUCCUCGGGCUUGAAGGACAUCAUGGCACAGACAGCGACCGGCCGAGAGUCAUCUCUCACCCAAGGGCUGGCGGCAGCAAAAAGCGCAUCUGACUAUAUUCCCGCUCCCUUCAGUCUUCCAGCGCCGAAGCUUUCGCAAAUGUCGCAGAAAGAUCGAAAACGAAUGCAGCAUCUCCAGCAGUCCGCCGUCGUGAGUCCAAAGCCAAGCACAGAAAAGCCCGAGUCUUCACAGUUCUCCUGGCAAUCAGUCUCUGCCCAGAAGAGACCAGGCUUGAAGGACGUCCUUGAGAGUGAGAUGCUCAACGCAGCGGCAGUCAAAACACCUUCAUCACGCUCAGCCAGCACUCCUCAUCUCACCAUGAGACAAACAGUAGCCAAUCCAAACACAAAGCUCGCUGCCUCGCCGCAGCCGUCACCCGGUCCAGCUAAGCGUACCGCGUCGGAAGCUAAGUCACCACGUCCAGGUCCCGCAACACCAUCCACCAUCUCCUACUUCUCCAACAGCAAGCCCAUACCUCAGUCGAUCCGCCACGAACCUCUGCCGGAGCAGCUCUGGGGACUCAGCAUGUCCGAGAUCGUCGCCCAGCAGCUCGCCGAGAAGGACCUCAUCAAAGAGGCCGCGGCCAAGCGAGACUUGCAAGAGAUUCAAGCGGAGCAGGAAUUUCAGGAGUGGUGGGAGAAGGAAAGUGCGAGAGUGCAGGAGGAAGAACAGAGGGCGGCUGCGGGCCCGGCGAAGGGUGGAGCGAAGAAGGGCAAGAGUCGAGGUGGGAGAGGGCGGGGAGGCAAGGCGAGAGGUGGCGCGAAGGAGAAUGCCGCGGGUACUUCUGCUGCUAUUGUGGAUGGCGGUAGUAAGAGCGGUGCGAAGUCACGAUAG